CAGAACAAGAUUCCCAAUGGAGAUAGAGUGAGAAACCCAUGUGAUAAUACUAUCUGGAACGGAGUAGGACAUUGGAACUCGAAAGGCGCUGGAUUAUUAAAUUCCUUUGGUGAAGAUUUCCGAACGAUUGGAAUCCAUCAAUGGAAUUCAGAGUUAUGUAAACACGAUUCGGAUGGGGAUGGAGUUUCUAACGGAGCAGAAUUAGGCGAUCCCAAUUGUUUAUGGACCCCAAGCAAUAAUCACCAGUUAGCAAGUCCAACUGGACAUCCAGGU